UCUCUCCAUCCAUCGGAGAGUUCAAAGAGUGAGGCAAGAAAGCACUCAAGAAAUGGCAAGUAACGGCAGUGCUGAGGAUCCAUCAGCACCCUUGUUAGACUAUUCAUCCUCAACACCUAAAGAUGAAGAUGAGCAACAAAAUCAAACUCUUUCUAUGAAGGUGUGGAUCGAAUCGAAAAAGCUAUGGCGCGUAGUGGGCCCAGCAAUCUUCAGUCGCAUCGCCGCCUACUCCAUGUUCGUCAUCACCCUAGCUUUUGCCGGCCACCUUGGUGACCUUGAGCUCGCUGCCAUGUCCAUCGCCACUACUGUUGUACUUGGUUUCAGCUUUGGCCUCUUGUUGGGAAUGGCAAGUGCUUUAGAAACACUGUGUGGGCAAGCUUUUGGGGCAAAGAAUUACAACAUGUUGGGUGUAUAUCUGCAGCGUUCUUGGAUUGUUCUCUUCUCGUGUUGUGUAUUGCUUUCGCCAGUAUACAUAUUUGCUACUCCGAUUUUGAAGCUAUUGGGACAACCAUCGGACGUGGCUGAGCUAUCUGGGUUUGUGGCUAAAAUGUUCAUUCCUAUUCACUUUAGCUUUGCUUUUCAGUUUCCUCUUCAGAGGUUCUUGCAGAGCCAGUUGAAGAAUUCGGUUAUUGCUUUGGUGACAAUGGUGGCGCUGCUGGUGCAUGUGGCGUUGAGCUGGUUGGUUGUGUAUGGUUUUAAGUUUGGACUGGUGGGAACGGCCAUGACUUUAAAUUUCUCUUGGUGGGUUAUUGUGUUUGGAUUGUUUGGUUACACUGUUUUUGGUGGGUGUCCUCAUACUUGGACUGGAUACUCCAUUGAAGCUUUUUCUGGUCUGUGGGAGUUUCUUAAACUCUCUGCUUCUUCCGGGGUCAUGCUUUGCCUGGAGAAUUGGUAUUACAGAAUCUUGGUAGUGAUGACCGGAAACUUGGAGAAUGCCGAAAUUGCAGUGGAUGCUUUGUCCAUAUGCAUGAAUAUAAAUGGAUGGGAGCUGAUGAUUCCACUUGCCUUUUUUGCUGGAGCUGGAGUAAGGGUUGCAAAUGAGCUAGGAGCAGGCAAUGGAAAAGCAGCAAAAUUUUCAACAGUAGUGUCCGUGACGACAUCGUUGGUGAUUGGUCUCUUCUUCUGGACGUUGAUCAUGAUUUUUCACAACAAAAUCGCCUUAAUUUUCUCAACCAGCACACCAGUUUUAGAAGCAGUAAACGAUCUCUCAAUUCUCUUGGCCUUCACCAUUCUCCUAAAUAGUGUUCAACCAGUUCUUUCUGGAGUUGCUGUUGGAUCUGGUUGGCAAUCGUAUGUGGCCUAUGUAAAUAUAGGUUGCUACUAUGUGGUUGGUGUCCCUCUUGGAAUUAUAAUGGGCUGGGUUUUCAACCUAGGAGUUAAGAUCAACGCCUAA